AUGAAUACUUCAAAGUCAACAGCAAGUAGUUAUUGUAAUGCAAACAACCCCGAUGACGGUUCUUCAAGUUCUUCGAGCACUAUUAGUGCUAACAGAAAACGGAAAACAGAAACUCGUCUUGGCAAUUUAUUGUCAAGAGUUCGUCAAAAGGCCUCAUCAUCCUUCAAGUUAUAUUUUGACCAAAAUGACUGUAAUAGUUACAUGGAGGCAGAAUCAGAGUGCAUGAAGUCGUUAUGUGGUCCAAAUGGGGAAACAUUAGAUGAAGAUGAAGACCUUUGGGCAUACAUUGAAAGGAAAGCAUAUGACCAUGAUAACGAGUAUGAAGAAGCUGGUCAGGAAACUUUGAAUAAACAAAAUGAUUACAUUGAAACUUUCACUGAGAACUUUUGCCAUGCAAUAACAGAACCAAAGGAAAUUAGCAGACGACGUAUAUGUUCUGAUUGUAAUUGCAGCUAUAUCGGAAACCAAUGUAAUAUUUGCAUCCAAAAAAAAGAGUAUAGUGCUUCUUGUAUUGCAGAUAGCAACUUGAACUUGUUUGGCAAUUUGUUUGAACCUUCUUGUGUUGAUGAUGACUCUCAACUUUCAAAUGAAAACGAAGAAGAAAGGCCAUCUUUAAAUCAAUUGAGAGAAAGAAGGAUUCAAACUUUAGCUGGAGCUUCAAUAGCUAUAGCAACCGGUGGAAAGGAGCCUUUGAAUUUGGAUAAUGCAAGCGCAAGUUCUGAUGUUACAGACGUAGCACAGCACAUUGCUAAAAUACACCACAUGACGAUAAAGAAAGAUUUGAUGGAUUUAUUUAUUACUAAGCAGAUCAAUGUGACAGAUGACAUCCGAUAUAUAUGGAUUGAUCCUCGUGGCCAAGAAGAAAGUGGUGCAAGGUCAGGUGUUUCUCGGGAUAUUUAUUCUUCAUUCUGGAAUGAAGUAUACAAUGCAUACUUGUAUGGCGAGCAAGAAAGAGUGCCACAAGUUCGGCAUGAUUUGUACAAACAAGAGUGGCGUGCAAUUGACAUGAUCAUUUUAAAGGGGUAUGUUGACACUGGUUACUUUCCAAUCAGUUUGAGUCGAGCAUUUUUAUGUUUUUGUUUCUUCGGAGAAGAAGAAGAGAAGAAGAAGAGAAGAGCUGCUGAUAUCUUCAUUCCUGAAAUACUUGUCAUCAGAUGAAAGUCAGUUGGUGACAAAAGCCAUUGGUAAAAACGAAGGUGAGAAUGUUAUUCACAGUGAUGAAUUUGCUGAAAUUUUGGAACAAUUCAAAUGUAAAACGGUAGUAACAGAAUCAAAUGUGAAAUCAGUUAUCAUUGAAUUAGCUCGCCAGGGACUUGUACAGAAAAGUCACGUUAUAGCCUCAUUUUUGAAAGUUGCCUUUUUAGAGCUUAAAAAGAAGCCAGAAUUUUCAUCCAUGGAGAAUAUUGUGAAGUUUUAUGAAAGAUUGGAACCAACCACAAAAAAGGUUGUAUCCUUGUUCAAAAAUGUCCAUACAAGUAGCAGUGCUGAACAAGACUCAUUCAAUUAUUUAAAGCGGUAUGUGAGAGGUUUGGAAACCAUUAUGUUGAAAAAAUUUAUGAAGUUCAUAACAGGCUCAGAUAACAUGGUUGUUGAUACAGUAGAAAUAAUUUUCACGCGACCGGAAUCGAAUUUUAGUCGUAGACCAGUAGCUCACACAUGCACACCAAGCUUAGAACUUCCUUCAACUUAUAAUAAUUAUUGCGAACUCCGUGAAGAAUUCAGCAAUAUAUUGCAGUCAUCUGAAUGGGAGCUGGACAUCAUUUAAACUGAUUUUGGAUCCUUUUUUGUUUUGUUGUUAUGUUUGAACUGACAGACAAUAGAGUUUCCAGUAUUCUGUUUUGUUAACACUUUUUUUAUACAAUUUUUAAGGGGUUUUUUAGGUCCAAUAAAAAACUUUGUUUCGAUUUA